GAGGUCUGUGUAUACUUCAUAAUUGGUGUACUAGCAUGUAGUGUCUGGAUUGUAAUACUAAGAAUUUGUUUUGAUAAUUUUUGUGUUUGAAUUGAAAUGUAGUCCGUACUAGUUUGGACUUAAAAAGUAUUGUAAGUAUGUUAGAGCAUUAUGAGGCGAAGUGAGGAUACAACACUAGAAAAUAUCUUCAGCUCAACACUAAGAGAAUCUUUACACAGCACCCAAAGUAUCUCCGGACGGACAUCGAUACUCACAUAUGCAAAUAAACAAUACCCUUCUGCAACUGAUGCCCUUCAAGCCUACAUCAACGACUUCGAACACAAACAGUUGAAUUCUCCAUACAGGCGCACUGUCGAAGAUCUUCUAUCUCCCAAAUCAGUACUGCUUCAGACUGUGGAACGUAGUCUCGCUACCGGUGUGCGUGACACUAGUGCAGAGACUCAGAGACACAGGAUCAAGAAACUUAUUGAUGAAUCAUAUAAUGAGAUCCAAAGAGCAGAUUUGGAGCAAGAUAAAGCAAAACAGCUGAUAGAGUCAUCAAAAGAACUUCACAGAAUCUCAUCAUCUGAUAUAUCAGGUCUGACACCAGAAAAAACACUUCAACCACAGCAAAGUCUAACCAGCUUAUCUACAGACACCCUUCUAUUCCAGGCAUCACAGAGUGAACUCAACCACAAGCUGGGCUUUAAGAGUGAGACAGAUUCUCAACCCAGUGUUGCCUGGAACUCAACACCUUUGUCUCCUCUACAGGAGAGCUACAAGGCAAAUGCUAUUCAAUUAAGGUCAUUACAAGGCGAUGCUGGAUCAUGGAGGAAUUCUGGGAUUUUGAAGAAGCAUCCAAGUCCAGAAAAAAGGCGGGGUUACAGGGAAGUAAGCUUUACAGGCCAUGCUAAAUCCGAACCUGAGUUGGGGUUAAGAAAUGUUCAAGACAGGCUCUUUAAACAUACAAGUACAGGAAGAAAUAAAAAAUCACCACAAUCAGCUGGAUAUAAAGCAAGAUCAGUGGACUCGCUUGCCAACCAGAAGACAUCAUUUGGUAAAAAUUCCACUAAACUUAGAUUUACAGAUGAAUCAAUUUUAUCUGGAGGUAGAAUGACACCAAGCUGGAUUGAAGAUUUAGAUAGGUCAGAGAUUUCCACCAAGGUUCCGCAUUCAAGCAGCCAUGUUCAGAAGACCGGAUUCACUUCUAAGAUGUUAAGUGAUGAUGCUAGAAUGUAUAGUGCAUCAGAAGUUUCAGGACACAGAAGUAUACCCAGCUGGAUCCAAGAUAUUAGUUUGUCAGAGAUCCAGAAUACUGGUGAAGGUAGGUCGCAUAUUGGCAGACCUCCACCUAGCUGGAUUAAUGAUCUUGAUGAUUCUGCGAUAAACUCUGUUAUACCCACUGUCAGACCUGUAUCAUUUGACAGUCAAAAUGUCCUCUCCAAAAGAGGGAGGAGUACACCUGAGCCUAAUUUCACUAAAGGUGAUAGAUUUCUACCACUUGGUUUGACUCACCAAGAUCUUGACUCAAGCAGCACAAGCUUUAACAAGGAAAAUAAUUCAGACUCUAAUGGUAAUGGUAGAACUCACAUUAGGAGCAGUGCAGAGAUAAACAGACUUGUAAGAAAUGCAAAGUCUAAGAGAGAUUCUAGAGGUAUAAGAACAUUUGCAGCAUCAUCUCCAGUUGCAAAGAAAAAACUCAGCACAGACAUGCUCAGUAUGACUACAGAUGACCUCAUUUUGGCACCUUCAAGUGGCAGAGGUUUACCAGCAUCAAGGAGCAUGGAAGAACUUAGAAGAACUCUGAAGCAGAUGGAGUGGUCAUCUUCAAAAAGCACUGGUAGAGGUUCUCCAAGAAGUAACAGGGCACGAUCACAGAAUAGCCAAAGAAGUACCUCACCAUUAUUAAAACAGCAAUGGCAAAGACAUCAGAAGCACAAACCAAUGAGCGAUAGUCAGGAAAGGAGUAGGCUUAACAUCUCAGACCUUUAUUCAACCCCAAGUAAAUAUUCCUCUCGCAGAUUUGAACAAGAUCGAAAACAACCUCACAUACAAGACAACUCUCUUAAAAGCCGUUGGAUGGUAGAUGAGGAUGUGAUCCCUUCUCAGAGUCAUUCCAAAUACUACAGUCCACCUACCGGCAGGUUUACGAACUCAAGAGGUUCAUCUGCCGAGUAUGAACAGAGAGUGAUUGCCAGAGCAGAGAAAAUACUUGGCUCACCUUUGACACGACCUCUCCAACACCUUCAGACACAAAGCCCUGACACUGAAGAUAUUCUAGAUGGUGACAGGUCUUGGGAAAAAGCUGUACCACCAUACAAACCACUGAGGCCUGUUUAUGCCAGAGAUGCGGAGUCAAAACAGAAACAUAUUAUUGAUCGAUUUCUCGAUGACUGCCUAAACUCAAAUAGUACAAGUCCGCGGUUGACAGCCAGUGAACAACCUGGACCAGUGGAGGCUCUUAAAAACAUGCUCUUCACAAUCCAGUCUGUUGCCAUAGCAAAUGAUUUGACAGAGGAUGAUGAUAAGGAGAUGGUUCAUGAUGACACUAUUGAGGAUGAGGUUGCACCAAAGGUUGAUAGUUCGAAGAAGCUCGAUUUGCUCACCUCUGAUGGAGACAACCAACCAGAAGCAACUAUUGAUGGGAUAGAGGAAGGGAGUAAAUCCUUAAAGAGAGCAAUGGAACAUCUGUCGAGGUUGAAGUAUCUGGUACGGUCCGAUAGUGAGCAAAAUAUGUCUGACAACACACAGCGGGGAAUGAUAGAAUAAUAAAUCCAGAAUGAUAAACCAAAGUUUUAUUCCUAAUAUUGCAAGAAAAUAAUAAUUAUAAUUAUUAUUAUUUAAUAAUAUAUAAUAAUAUAUAAUUAAUAGUAAUUUUCAAAUAAUUAAUAGUCAGUAUUUGAGAUAUCAUAAACAAUUUGCCAAGUGCUUCCAAUUUGUAAAGAUUUUAUUUUUCAAAAAAUUGGUGCAUGAAACUUAACCACUAUUCAAUCCAUUGGUGGAAUAACAAGACAAUCUCCAUUUGUGAAUGAUGAACAAAACUUUUAUGCAAAAGUUACAUAGAAAUCGUCCCUUUUUUUUUUUAUAUUUGAAGAUGAAUUUAUAUGCCUUACUUCUAGUCUUGCAGGGCUCUGGUGGUUAGAAUUAAGAAUUACGUAAAUGUAUAAAUCCAGGUGUAUUUAUGUGGAUCAAAUUCAACACAAGUAUUGUAUUGUACUAUUCUGAAUUUUAUCUAUUUCUAUUUGGUUGAAAAUUCGCAAAAAUAAAUUAAUGCAAUUUCUAAAUAAAUACAAUAUUUUUAUUUUUAUUUCUCGACUUUUAUUUUGUAAAUUACAUAAAUAUGCCUAUUUCAUUUAUUUGGAGGUGGUUUAAUUGGAGGCGUUUUUAAGACUUGUAACAUGCACCACCAUGCCUUUAUAAGGCAAAUUACUAAUAAGUGUCAAAAAGUAUUAUACCUCCAUGGUCCAAUCAUUUUAAGAAUGAGAUGUUAUCUUGAAAUAAAAUCAACUGGUUUCUUAUUAA